CCUCUUGGUUUUUAAAAGUAUCAUAGCUUUUACACUUUGGAGAAGCAGCAGUAUCUUUAAUACACGCUAGAUAAGUUACUUCUGUCGAACGUGUUUGCACUACAGUACUGUAUUAAUAAAACCGCACAAACGUAUUUAGCUCUCUUAACGCUCGCGCUGAUGACCUUUACUUGCACGGAAUUCUAAGCACUGAACUUUUUGUUUUGAUCACCUCGCUAUCGGUUAAAUUUUCUUCUUGGUAGAGCAUCGGAGAAAUUGUGAAUGUGUUGGUUCGUAUUGAUGCUGUAAUGGAGCGAACAUUUGCGAAUGCUAACUCGGAUGUUCCAGCUUCGGGAGAUGCGGAGAAACCCUUCGCGGAACGAUGGGUAAGCGAUGAGGACAUCCGUUCCUCUGCUCAGCUGGACGUUGGCUGUCCGCGCGCCUCCAGCGAAGACAAGCGUGGCAGGCGCAGCAGCAGCAACUGUUCAUCCGGUGCCAAUUCGCCGUCACCCGCGCACGACUCCGUGCCCAACCAGAUCCAUACAGUUCAGCUCUUCGACGUGCCUAUCGUGGCGCUGAGCAUUGACCGUCGACUGCGGCUGUGUUUGGCCCAAAUCUCCAGCACCCUUCUCAAAGACUUCAGCUACAACGAAAUCCAUAACCGGCGCGUGGCACUGGGCAUUAACUGUGUCCAGUGCACACCAGUACAGCUGGAGAUUCUGCGCCGCGCCGGCGCCAUGCCCAUUUCCAGUCGACGCUGUGGGAUGAUUACGAAGCGCGAAGCUGAACGUCUGGUGCGGUCGUUCCUGUGUGAAACUAAACCACCAGCAUUACCGGACGACUUUGCCUUCCAAAUCGCACACAGCUGCGCAUGGGGAUGCAAAGGACGAUUCAUGCCUUCGCGGUAUAACAGUAGUCGAGCCAAAUGCAUCCAAUGUGUUCAUUGCCAACAAUACUUUUCACCCAACAAGUUCAUCUUCCACUCUCAUAAACUUCCGGAUUCGAUUUUCUCACCGGCAGAUGCUGCCAAUUUCAACAGCUGGCGACGCCAUAUCCGCUUAAUGGAAGACAUUCACCUUCCGGAAGACAUUGUCCACGCCUGGGAAGACGUCAAAGCCAUGUUCAAUGGCGGCAGUCGACGCCGCAUCAUCACCGCGUCGGCUUGCAGCACAUCGCUGCCCCGCAAAUGCUCUAUCGGCCCCUCGCGUACCUCCCACCCAGCCAUUCCCACUGUCCGCAAAAUAACCCCCGUGGAUCUCGGCACUAACGUCAGCCGUAUCCCCAACUCCCCGCUGCCGCUGACCCUUGCCGGACAUUAUCCGACACCGAGCUCGGUGUCGGCGCCGCUGGCCAGCAGCGCCAGCUCCUCCGUUAUGCCGUAUCCGUCCAUGAUCCAUCCGGCCGCCUCACUACUCCAGUACGAUUGGCUGUACCGGCAGAAUGGGCACCAUAAUAGUCUCCUGCAUCCAGGCGCGGCCACCAAUCUGUGGUCGCACAUGCAGGGAUCUGUGGAUCAGGGCAUGAUGUGGCCCUGGAGUCCGGCGCAUGCUGCCGCGGCUGGACUGGCCGCUAGUAUAUUUUCUGAUCGACGGGCGGAUAUAGGAUCGUUCUUGUCCAGUUUUCGCCCAUUGCCGCCGUGUCCGGAUGGGACAGCGCGAAAAGAUAAAUCCUCCAAGGAACCUUAAAUCGGCGCUUAUUCUAUGCUUAUAUAUACAGCUGUCUAUACUUAUAAUUAUACAGAUACGUGGAGUCUGUAAUAUUAAUGGUAGCCACAAAAGGAACACAUACUCAGUCGAGCCGAAUCAUAUCUUGACACUGGCUUGACACUGAAUCAGAUCAACUGCAUAAAUUAAUUAACGAUAAGAGCUUGCUGCGUAUGCUUCUGUGUAUUCUUUCGCCGUUUGAUAAGUCCAGAAUUUAGAAAUCCAAAAUUGCACCGACAUCAGAGCAUAUUUGCUAUGGAUAUCCAGUAUGUACAUUGUUUCCUCUGACGGUUCUGUAUUCUUUG